CCGGGGCGGCCGCUGCCAGCCCCGGGCAACGGAGUCCUGCCCGCUGCCGCACUACUAGCCACGGGCGCGAUCGGGGCCAGACGUCGGCUCCUCCAUGAUCACUCUGGGAGCCGGGAAGAGACUUUGCCCGGCCGUGCGAGCGGCUCUGCGUUUUCCAGGCUCGGUGGCGGCGGAGCAGCGGCGGCAGCCGGGUCCCAGUCGGAGCGACCACAGCCCGGGGCGUGUGCGUCCCGCGCGGAGCGGGCUCGGGUUCCCCACGGAAUGUCCCCGGGGCGCCCGGCGCGCUGACCCCCCAGCCGCCUCAGCCCUCGGCCCGCGCCGCCUCUCCCGGUCGGGCUCGGUGUUCGGGACCGCAAGCUCCCCGGCUCCUGGGCUUGGGGGAAGCCCCUGGGGGCGGGUGUCCUCAGCUAGCCACGACCCAGCCCUCCCCCGUGCGUAUCUCGCUUAAGAUGGCAGCGGAGUCAGGGGAACUAAUCGGGGCUUGCGAGUUCAUGAAAGAUCGGUUAUAUUUUGCUACUUUAAGGAAUAGACCAAAAAGCACAGUAAAUAUCCACUAUUUCUCCAUCGAUGAGGAGCUGGUCUAUGAAAAUUUCUAUGCAGAUUUUGGACCUCUGAACUUGGCAAUGGUGUACAGAUACUGCUGUAAAGUAAACAAGAAACUAAAAUCAUACAGUUUAUCAAGGAAGAAAAUAGUGCAUUACACCUGUUUUGACCAGCGAAAAAGGGCAAAUGCAGCAUUUUUGAUGGGUGCUUACGCCGUCAUCUAUUUGAAGAAGACACCAGAAGAGGCCUACAGAGCUCUCCUGUCCGGCUCCAACCCCCCCUACCUUCCAUUCAGGGAUGCUUCGUUUGGAAAUUGCACUUAUAAUCUCACCAUCCUCGACUGUUUGCAGGGAAUCAGAAAGGGAUUACAACAUGGAUUUUUUGACUUUGAGACAUUUGAUGUGGAUGAAUAUGAACACUAUGAGCGAGUUGAAAAUGGUGACUUCAACUGGAUUGUCCCAGGAAAAUUUUUAGCAUUUAGUGGACCACAUCCAAAAAGCAAAAUUGAAAAUGGUUACCCUCUCCACGCCCCGGAAGCCUACUUCCCUUACUUCAAAAAGCACAACGUGACGGCCAUCGUGAGGCUGAACAAAAAGAUCUACGAGGCCAAGCGCUUCACGGACGCCGGCUUCGAGCACCACGACCUCUUCUUCGUGGACGGCAGCACGCCCAGCGACAACAUCGUGCGCAGGUUCCUGAACAUCUGCGAGAACACGGACGGCGCGAUCGCCGUGCACUGCAAAGCUGGCCUGGGAAGAACAGGGACGCUCAUAGCCUGCUACGUCAUGAAGCACUACAGGUUCACGCACGCCGAGAUCAUCUCCUGGGUCCGAAUAUGCCGGCCGGGCUCCAUCAUAGGACCCCAGCAGCACUUCUUGGAAGAAAAACAAGCAUCAUUAUGGGUCCAAGGAGACAUUUUUCGAUCCAAACUGAAAAAUAGACCGUCCAGUGAAGGAAGUAUUAAUAAAAUUCUUUCUAGCUUGGAUGACAUGUCUAUUAGUGGAAACUUAUCUAAAAUACAAAACGUGGAGCGAUUUGGAGAGAAUAAUUCAGAAGAGGAUGAAGAUGUAGAAAUGAAAACUAGCAUCACCCAGGGAGACAGACUGCGUGCCUUAAAGAGCCAGAGGCAGCCGCGCUCCUCACCGCCCUGCGCGCUCAGGUUGGACGAUAUUAAAGGGCACCCGAGGGCCAUGUCCCAGCCUUUCAGAUUGACUUCUUCCCCACAAGGAUCCGGAUCUACUCUGAAGAUCUCCAAAGUGGCUUCAUCCCCUUCCGCAACAGCCAAGAGGAUCAACAGAGGCUCCUUGUCCUCGGGCACCAAUAUGAGAAGCUUCUCCAUAAACUCCCGGCUAGCCAGCUCUCUAGGGAACUUGAAUGCCGCCACAGAUGACCCCGAGAACAGAAAGACCUCACCCUCCAAGGCGGGGUUUGUAGCCAACCCCUUCACCAACCUCCUGAAUGGCAGCUCCCAGGCGGCUUCCAGAAAUUACCCCGAACUCAACAACAACCAGUACAGCCGGAGCCCCAGCAGCAGCGGGAGCACCCAGAGCAGCCAGCUGGGCCCCCAGGGUGCCAAGACUGAGGAGCUGGCCGCCGUCACCGCCGCCACCAUCCUCCGGCCCUCCUACACCGGCCUGUCGUCCUCCUCGGCCAGGUUCCUGAGCCGCUCCAUCCCCUCCCUUCAGUCUGAGUAUGUUCAUUACUAAGGCCUUGCCACUCCGGGGAAAGCUGGUCUUAGAUGCACCGUCUUCACCUGGAUGAGCAACGCGAGAGAACGCAGCUGCUUGCCGCGGGAGCCCUGCUCCCACCCAAAUCAAAGAGCACUAAGAUCAGACCUUCGAGAGACUGGAGCCAGGCGCUUCUGGCCAGUGACUACUGUAGAUGCCUGGGACUGUGCUGACCAGCCGCUGAGGCAGUCUUAACGUUGAGUUUGGUAUUUCGAAGGGUUAUUUUUAAUGUAUUGCGGGAAUACAUUUAUUAUUACAUUUACAUGUACAGUGUUACAUUAUAUAUGUAUU